AACGAUUUCUUAUUCAAGUGUUGGGAAGCCUGUGCCUCAUAUAGGGAGGAAAAUAAUUCGCCCUGUCCGCUAGUUUCCGAAAGCUCUUACAUAAUGUAAGUUUCAGCCGAAUCAGCGUUUGAAAUUCCUAUCUUUAUUUAUUGCUCGUAUAUUUUCCAUUUAGCGAGUCGUGGGAAGGUUUAGAAGUGUAUGUGGAUCUGACCUGUUUUUGUGAAUGAAUUGUGGAUUUGCGACUACAACCUACCCAAAAUAAAGUUAUAAUCUUUGUAAUCAGUCUUUUAAUAAUACGUAAGACACUUUAUUGCAACAGUAACAAAACGGAUCAGAGCAUCAACAAUUGCAAUCUUAAGCACGACGAUAUUUUUGUGGCGCAGCGAUUUCAGGAUUCGAGCUUCCUUUAAGAAUAAACGUGUUUCGCGCUCGACUCUCCAUCCCUUCUUUUCGCAAUAAACACACACCCAAAACUUCCUCUGCCGAUCUCCUCCUUGUCAGUAAAUGGCUCCACGAAAACUGAGGGAAAUCAUUAAACGCUGAACUUCUCUUCGUACGCUCAAAUAAUCCAAACGAUGGCAACCUGAACGCCAUGCUGCCUUGACUUGGCAGUGCGCGCAAGUUUCCCGCCAAAAGUGAAACAUGUGACCGAAAAUUGAAAGCGUCACGCAUUCGCCCUCAACAGGAAAGGAUUACUGCCCUCAAUCUCAUGCCAUUUUCCUUUUUACAGUCGAAAACUUCGAUGAUGGGAUGAGAUGGAAAGACAGUUUUCUUUAGACAUCCAGCGGUGUAAGAAUGAUUUUUAUAACUUUUUUUUUAUUGAAUUAUAUAUUGUGUAGGUUAAUUGUUUUACAGUUUCUUUAAUCGUUUGGUUUGGUUUGGUUUCGCAAACUACAGUAAGCCCAGUGUAACAAUCUUGAUGUUUCUAAAUCUUCAAAUCAAGUCUUUUGCUGGCAAUUAUAAGCCCUGACGAAGCGAGAGCGAAACAUCCGCUUACGCCGCCUAAUGGAAUUGUAGCAGGUAGGCAGACUACAGACAGCCGAGCCUAAACUCGCGCUAGAAAACGCCGCUGAAAGAACGCUAGAGCCAGCAGCGCUCCAGUUAACAAACAUUUUCGCUCGUUUAUACUUUUUGGCAACCACUCGAUAGUGGGAGACCUCGUUGUUCAGAACGGUUGAAAUAUCUCUCUCUCUCUUUCUUAUGACCUCUUUCCAUUUAGGGUAGAGGUCAAAUGCUUCAAGACGCUCUCUCCUGUUUAGUUCAGCCAACUGAUUUGUUAGCGCAUUCAAUCUCCUCCUUUUUCCUUCACCCGCCGCGUCCCCAUCUCGUUCAGCCGCCGCAUCCCCCCUUCCUCCCAUAACCUCAGCUCGUCCAAAAUUUUCCGGAUUGCUGCGCUGAUCCACUGCGCUUCCAUUCUUUUGGUUAUAACAGAUAGCUGCAAUUGCUCAAAUGGAAUUUAUGCGCCGCGAUGAGUCCACGGUAGUAUGUCUGGCGGCAUACUUCGCCGGUGAGGGGAGCCGAGACCGAGCCGAGCCGGCGAAUUAAGUUGUCUACCCUAGGGUGUCGAUAUUUGUUUGCCGCCAGACAUACUACUUGUGGCUUUUCAGCUUACAGAAUAGUGAGAUUAUAGUAUAUAUCUCAUUUCCCUGUAGAAUGCAAGAUCGUUUGAGUGAACUGGCUACCUUGAGAAUAUGUUUGGGUAAUUUUAACCAUCAUUCUCGGACGUUUACUUUCCCUUGUAAUAGAAUUAUUUGGAUCAAAUAACUGACUUUUUGGUGUGAUGGCCACCUGUCGUUUUGAAUAGUUUAAAGAAAAAAAUGCGCACGUUACUUUAAAAUGAUUUUCCAGUGAAGAGAUUUUUUUUCUCUGAGAUUUAUCUGCCCACUCUCCCAGUUAAAGGAAAAGUUUCUCACUGCAAUCUUUCUUCCGUAUUUUCGGAAAGCCGACUUCAUAAUGGGUAAAAUAGGUCACGACAUCUGUCAGGAGCCAUAAUCGUGACAUGCUAUGUCGUAAAGAAAUCCUCCGGCAAGGUCGUAUUCAUACAAUUUUGCGUUGCUCUUGAUAUGUGCAUUGUUUGUAAUAGAAAGGAAACAGCAAUUUAAGCAAUGGGUUAUGGCUGACAGCAACCAAAAUUAUGCACCCAUAUUGACAACUGUGACAGUUUGAGAUACGCGCGAGUUGAGAUAUGAAUGCUUCUCACAAGGCUUGAAGUUGUAUCAGAGUUUGCCUACAUUCAUUCAAGAACGGACACAAGAUCCAGUACUAAAAAUCACGGUAUUGCGUUUCCAAGUUUGCUUUUCUCUUGUAUGGUGCUUAUCAAUGAAAAACAACUUUGUAUAAUCAAAGGACGUUUCUACCUCCGUUUCUUCCGAGAAAUAAACCUGCCCGCUGCGCAUGAGCGAAUGCUAUCCUGGCGAAACCGAAGUGUGUAUUUUAGCGACGACAUUCGGUUGAUAGACUGAAAAGCACUCUUGUGAAUAUCAAGCAACUAUGGUGACAUUGCAAAGAAGUGGUCAAAGUGCUUUCACCAUCGAAAAGGUUUCAAGGGAACCUGCUUUCAGCCAUGUUCAGAUUAAAGGUUCCGAUCCAAGUGGCUCGGAAUCCGACGAGGAGACAUCAUUCACUAAAGGAGACAACAAGAAAUGUUUUAUCUUCGAAGAGGAUCACCACAGGCUGGUUUCAAGGAUAACGCAAGAGGAGCAAGGAAAUCUCUUUGGGUUGUGGACAACCAACGACGAACCUGUUAUUCACAUUGUCUGUCCACCGAUCUGUGCUAUCAAGCCUCACUCGCACACAGUCACCGAAGACGACAUCUUAAGCAAGCAUUUACCUCUCUCACACAUCGGUAACUGGAGAUAUAAUGGGUUUCCAUUUCUGAACCGUUGUUCUCAUCAGUUUAAACCAAGAGCCACAUUUCUGGAUCUAACGGUCUCCAAGUCCAAGCUCUCAGUGUUUGAAGAUGGUAAAAGGAGGCAAAUUGAGGUUAUCAACGGCAGAAGCCCGUUUACGAACGUGACAGGUUUCAAAACAAUCGCCAUUAAAGGUCAACAAGAUGUCGAUCCUGAUCUCGCGCAGGGUAUGGAGCACCUUUUAAGCACAAAAGCAAUCUCUAAUAAAAGAAAGGAACUUUUCACUUCUCCAAAUUUUCAAGAUCCGAUUACAACAAGCAGUGCCAGCCAGGAAAUCCCAAUGUACCUAGGAGCGAAAGGAUUUCAGCGUGAAUUCGCACCUAACCUUCAGGACUUCAAGAUCUUCAUGUUUGAAGAAGACUAUCAAAUGAUGCAAAACCUUGUUCUCAGGUACCCCCAUCUGGAGACUGGAGGAGACCUGUUCGGUUUGUGGACCACUGAGGGAGACGCGGUACUCCAUGUAGUGCUUGGUCCAGGCCAAAACUGCAAGCGAACUGGAUUCUCCUUCUACCAAGAUGUCCCUUAUCUCAAGGAAAAUGGUGAACUGCUUACUCAAGACUACAUGUUAUGCCACAUUGGAGAAUGGCAUUCCCACCACCAGUUGCGCCUCUUUCAGCCAAGCGGAGGCGAUUCGUUAACUGUUAUCAGAAACUAUCCUCGUGGAGUCUGCGGUUUUCUUUUGAUUAUUGCUAACAUUCUGUCCUCUCACGAAGUGCGGCUGUCUCCUUAUCUUUACACGAAGUCGUCCAGCUAUGGUUUUGAUAAAGCAGGCAGAAUUGUUCGGCUCACGGGCCCCAAUGCAUUUAAGAGGAUUCAUAAAAUCAGAGAAAAAGCAGAGAGAGGGAAAGAAAGGGAUACAUAUAUUCAAGGUGGCCAGUUCAACCGUAAUUCAGAGUAUGCGGCGGACUUCAGUGAAUUCAGGGGUUAUCCAAUUCAAACUGUUACAAAUCAAAUUAAGCGCCUUCCCAGUGAUCGCAGAAGGCACACACACCACUACGUGACUUCCAAACCAUAUGAGCUGCCAAAGCGUAAGGCCAUGUUCUCCUCUCCAUAUGAACAUUAUUCCGUAUCGGUGCCCCGCUCACGUGGUAUUUCAGCAGGAAGAAAUCGGCGCAAAAGCGCAAAGUCAGGCACCAGAAUGGAUCGACCUCCGUGGAAGUCUCUUUUGCUGGCAAUUAUAAGCCCUGACGAAGCGAGAGCGAAACAUCCGCUUACGCCGCCUAAUGGAAUUGUAGCAGAAUGCAAGAUCACUGAAAAGCACUCUUGUGAAUAUCAAGCAACUAUGGUGACAUUGCAAAGAAGUGGUCAAAGUGCUUUCACCAUCGAAAAGGUUUCAAGGGAACCUGCUUUCAGCCAUGUUCAGAUUAAAGGUUCCGAUCCAAGUGGCUCGGAAUCCGACGAGGAGACAUCAUUCACUAAAGGAGACAACAAGAAAUGUUUUAUCUUCGAAGAGGAUCACCACAGGCUGGUUUCAAGGAUAACGCAAGAGGAGCAAGGAAAUCUCUUUGGGUUGUGGACAACCAACGACGAACCUGUUAUUCACAUUGUCUGUCCACCGAUCUGUGCUAUCAAGCCUCACUCGCACACAGUCACCGAAGACGACAUCUUAAGCAAGCAUUUACCUCUCUCACACAUCGGUAACUGGAGAUAUAAUGGGUUUCCAUUUCUGAACCGUUGUUCUCAUCAGUUUAAACCAAGAGCCACAUUUCUGGAUCUAACGGUCUCCAAGUCCAAGCUCUCAGUGUUUGAAGAUGGUAAAAGGAGGCAAAUUGAGGUUAUCAACGGCAGAAGCCCGUUUACGAACGUGACAGGUUUCAAAACAAUCGCCAUUAAAGGUCAACAAGAUGUCGAUCCUGAUCUCGCGCAGGGUAUGGAGCACCUUUUAAGCACAAAAGCAAUCUCUAAUAAAAGAAAGGAACUUUUCACUUCUCCAAAUUUUCAAGAUCCGAUUACAACAAGCAGUGCCAGCCAGGAAAUCCCAAUGUACCUAGGAGCGAAAGGAUUUCAGCGUGAAUUCGCACCUAACCUUCAGGACUUCAAGAUCUUCAUGUUUGAAGAAGACUAUCAAAUGAUGCAAAACCUUGUUCUCAGGUACCCCCAUCUGGAGACUGGAGGAGACCUGUUCGGUUUGUGGACCACUGAGGGAGACGCGGUACUCCAUGUAGUGCUUGGUCCAGGCCAAAACUGCAAGCGAACUGGAUUCUCCUUCUACCAAGAUGUCCCUUAUCUCAAGGAAAAUGGUGAACUGCUUACUCAAGACUACAUGUUAUGCCACAUUGGAGAAUGGCAUUCCCACCACCAGUUGCGCCUCUUUCAGCCAAGCGGAGGCGAUUCGUUAACUGUUAUCAGAAACUAUCCUCGUGGAGUCUGCGGUUUUCUUUUGAUUAUUGCUAACAUUCUGUCCUCUCACGAAGUGCGGCUGUCUCCUUAUCUUUACACGAAGUCGUCCAGCUAUGGUUUUGAUAAAGCAGGCAGAAUUGUUCGGCUCACGGGCCCCAAUGCAUUUAAGAGGAUUCAUAAAAUCAGAGAAAAAGCAGAGAGAGGGAAAGAAAGGGAUACAUAUAUUCAAGGUGGCCAGUUCAACCGUAAUUCAGAGUAUGCGGCGGACUUCAGUGAAUUCAGGGGUUAUCCAAUUCAAACUGUUACAAAUCAAAUUAAGCGCCUUCCCAGUGAUCGCAGAAGGCACACACACCACUACGUGACUUCCAAACCAUAUGAGCUGCCAAAGCGUAAGGCCAUGUUCUCCUCUCCAUAUGAACAUUAUUCCGUAUCGGUGCCCCGCUCACGUGGUAUUUCAGCAGGAAGAAAUCGGCGCAAAAGCGCAAAGUCAGGCACCAGAAUGGAUCGACCUCCGUGGAAGUCGUAACUUUGUAAAGCGUACACGUAACCCAAAGGCGCCAGCUUUAAACUUAAUAGUCACCUCAUGAUACUGAUGAUUAUUAGCUGUGAAUCGCGUUUAAUGGAUUUCUAAGUAUAUGAACACCACUUCAGUUUUUUUUUUACUUAUAUACGGUGCCGUUUACAUGUUAUUACAUAUCAGGCCUUAAGAGUUACCAAAUGGUAGAUAGUUCACUGUUAGUGCUCUUACAUUCAUUAACAUGGUGCAUUUCGCUUCUUAUUUUAUUUUCCUUUCGUGUAUUAAAGUUACUUUGAAUUGGACUUUUAAGUUCACAGUCUUUCCUAAACAACUGUACGAAUUACUAAGUCUACAUAGAUGACUCGUUGUUUUCAUAGUAUGACGGUGUAUUAUAUUGGUCUAUAUUGUAAAAUAUUUCACAUUUUUGCUGUG